UUAAUGUAUAUAUUUUGGCGCGACGGCAACGCUGCGUUUCAUUCAAAUAUAGUGAAGUGGAUUGUGUGAACUUGUGUAUUGUGAAGUGUGUGGAUAUUUUACUUUUAAUACGGGAUUUAGAGGAUUUUUACUGAUAAGUUACUAAUAUAAAUUAGACAAUAUGGGCAAAGACUACUACAAAAUAUUAGGAAUCGCGAAGGGAGCGUCAGACGACGAGAUAAAGAAGGCCUACAGAAAAUUAGCGCUAAAAUACCAUCCAGAUAAAAAUAAAUCGGCAGGCGCAGAGGAGAAGUUCAAGGAAGUAGCCGAGGCCUACGAGGUUCUGUCUGACAAGAAGAAGAGGGAGAUUUACGAUGCUCACGGCGAGGAAGGUCUCAAGGGAGGAAUGGGAGGACAGAACGGCCCCGGCGGCGGACAAUCCUUCUCCUACACCUUCCACGGCGACCCGAAGGCGACCUUCGCUCAGUUCUUCGGUUCAGCGAGCCCCUUCCAGGCGUUCUUCGACCUGAAUGGUAGCUCCGGCACCACGAUGUUCUUCGAUCGCGACAUGGACGUGGACAUGGACCCGUUCGCGAACAUGGGUAUGGGCCAGGCGAGACCCGGCGGCCCGGGCGGCGCCUUCCGCAGCCACAGCUUCAACUUCCACGGCUCGCCGAGUCGCAAGGAGAAGACCCAGGACCCCCCCAUCGAGCACGACCUGUACGUGUCGCUCGAGGACAUCGCCCGCGGCUGCGUCAAGAAGAUGAAGAUCUCCCGCCGCGUCAUCCAGCCCGACGGCACGUCCAAGAAGGAGGACAAGGUGCUCACUAUUCACGUCAAGCCCGGGUGGAAAGCUGGCACCAAGAUCACAUUCCAGAAGGAGGGCGAUCAGGGAAGGAACAAGAUCCCCGCUGACAUCGUUUUCAUUAUUCGCGACAAGCCCAAUCCAUUAUUCAAGCGAGAGGGAAGUGACAUCAGAUACACGGCCAAGAUCUCACUCAAACAGGCUCUGUGUGGGACGAUCAUCGAGGUACCGACGAUGACAGGCGAGAAGCUGACAGUUAACUUACAAGGUGAGGUGGUGAAACCCUACACGGUGAAACGGUUCCCGGGCUACGGUCUACCUUUCCCCAAGGAGCCCACUAGGAAAGGUGAUCUCUUAGUGGCCUUCGACAUCAAGUUCCCCGAUCGCCUGAGUUCAGGAGUCAAAGAAAUACUCAUGGAUACGUUACCAAAUUAAAAUAGAUUCUCGAGACUUCAAGUGUUGACAAUUUGGCCAUUUCAUCAUCAGCAUGAAGUGUCUCAUAUGACUGAAGAAGCUGGAUUCUUCGUAAGGACGUGUAGUUUGAAGACUGCAUUGAAAUUAUUAGAUCCGGGUGUUUGUGAAAACUAGUUGUGUGAAUGUGCUAAUGUUUCAUUGUAUAAUAAUGGAGCGACGAACACUUGUGGCCAGUUUUCCAUAUGUUGUAGUAUGGGAGUUGGUAGUAAAUUAUUGUAACAUGUAAAUACCAUCUGUAAAUAUUGGAUCUAGGGCAGUAAUUGUAAGUUUCAGUCUGUAAUUAUUGCUAAAAUUUGCUUGGAUUCUGUAGUUUGUGCAUUUAUUAUGUUCUCCUGUCACUUAUAAUUACUGUUAAUAUAAAUAAAAACAAUUUUAACUUUU